GAACGGGACUGUCCGGACAAGGGGGAAGGGGCCCAGUUGUCCGGUCGGGGAGGCUGCUGGGCGGGACGCUCCCGGGCCGGUGUCUCCUCCCCCGCUGCAGCCGGGGCUCGGUGGCAGGGGAGGCCCCGCCUUGGGAGGCGGAGUCACUGCGGAGUCACUCCCCGCCCCGGCCAAUCGGAGCCCCCGCUAGCGGCCGAAGCCGGAUACGGAGGCACCAAGACAGGACGCGGCCAUGGCGGAUUGGGGUCGAGGUCAGAGUCCAAAUGCUGUGGACGAUAUGCUAGAUAUGGAGAAUAAGCGCAUGGCGGACAAUCUAGCUACCAAGGUCACCAGGCUGAAAUCGCUGGCACUGGAUAUUGACAAAGACGCUGAGGAUCAAAACCGCUAUCUGGAUGGCACGGACUCAGAUUUCAUGAGUGUGACAGGCCUGCUGACGGGAAGUGUGAAGCGUUUCUCCACCAUGACACGCUCGGGAAGGGAUAAUCGCAAACUGCUUUGUUACGUUUCUGCUGGACUGGUGGUUGUCUUUUUCAUCCUCUAUUAUCUGAUCUCAAAAGCACGGACUUGAGUGGGGUCCUCAUGUUGGAAUUUUUAUGGAAAGAAAAACUGUGGCCAUGAUAAACAGAGACUUGCUCAAAGAUAUCCUCAAUCUACCCUGUCAAGGAUUGUUGGGAUAUUCCUGGAGGACCAGAUAACCUCUCUGGACUCCAGGUUACUGUCACUUUUCUAAUCAGUCUUGGACAUAUUCAUCAGAUAUUUUCAUAAAAUGAAUAUAGUUCAUUUUGAUCUUUUUAAAUGUAUGUAUACUGCAACUUGAUCUCCUUGUUGACACUUAGCCUUCAUUUAUUGCUUUAUUGUCCAUGACCUUUAGCCUUCAUCUAUUACCUGGCUCAUAACCAUGUCAUGUCCACCUUAGUGACGUGCUGUGUUGUUAAUGUGAAAGUGUCUGACUCAGCCCAUAGUAGCAAUGUGCCUGUGCACCAUUCAAAAAUGAGCAGAGCUGGGAGGGGCUGCAUGGUUUAGUCUGAAUAUGGGACUGGGAGGCAGGAGCUGUUGCGUUCUAAUCCAGCUCUGUCAUUGGCUAGCUCUGUGGUCUUGGGAAGUCAGUUAAUCUCAUUUUAUGUUUUGAAAUACAUUAAUACCAGCAGCAUCUCAGGCUAGAAUUGUUGUACAACACUCUGAAGAACUAAAUUGUGUGUGGUAGCUACUGAGUUGAGUAGUUACUACUUGUUACAAAAAUCCAUCAGCCAUUCAUGGUAUCGGAGCAGGAUUUUACCACCAUGAUAGCUUGGUUCUACUGACUUGCUUGUCUCAUAGCGGAGGAUGGGGAAAGGCAGUGAAAAGAUGGCUGGUGGCAGUAGCACGAAUAUCAUGGGUCUUGUAACAAGUAAACACAUGCUCAGUUGGAACUGUAGAAGACAUGAGACAGUUGAAAAACUGAAGAGGAGGAAAAACAUUACUUUACAAAAGGCUGGAAACUAUUGUUUAAAUAAUCUAGAAGGGGAAGUUGUUUGAACAAUUGGCACUAGCAUUCCCAUAAUACAGCACUUUGGUAUUGUUGGGAAGACAUUUCCACUCCAUAGGUAAAGAUGGAGUUUAGAUCUGUCGUCUUAAGUGGUCUGAUCAGAGGGAUGAUUUAAAAUAGGAGGUCACCUUAGAAUUCCCAAUUCUUUGUCCCCUCCACAGUACAUCACUUGGUAGGUACGCCACAUGUCACUGGGUAACUGUGUGGGAUACAUACCUGAGCAAGUAUUGUCUAUUGUUUGUGAAGCCAUCACUCCAGAACUUGCAGCACUUUGAGAUACAGUAUGUACCCUGCUCUGUGAUUGUUCUACAUAAUUCUGUGCAUUAGAAUGCUGUGUGGAUGAAGGACAUUUAUGAUCUUUCAGCACUACAUCUUUAUUCUGUACUGUAUGCUGGUUAAGAAUGCUCAUCCCAAAUCACCCUUCUCUCCCUUUCAUUGACCUUGUCGCUUCCCCUCUCAUUCCAACGCAUGUAUGUUCUCCCAUCUGAAUUAUUUAUAUCUGCCUCCAGUUAUAAUAAACCAUUCUAAAAAUACUGCUAUUGUUUUAAAAAAAUACCCCAAACGCUACACAUUAUUUUAAAAGGUUUUUAUGGUACAAAACAACUCUACCAUAAUUGUUUUGUAGUGUAUAUUAUUUGUUCCAAGGGCUGAUCUGGAUUUUUCUGUAAGAAAGCCAAUCAUCAAGCAAGGAAAUCUCUUAUUCCUCUUGAUGUAGCCACCUGUCUAGGACCAAAGAACAUAUCCUCUAUACUGUUAUUCUCCCUAAACAAACUCAUAUUCCCUAAUCCCUGUGUAUAUUGUCUGAUCCUGACAAAUGACACUGUGUAUGACAGUGAAAAAUUCCUCUCUUACAAGCCACAGAACAUUGAUCCUUCUGCAGAUUUAGAUCCAGUUUUCUUAAUCUGCUUCUUAUCUUGAAUAUUGAUCUUCUAAUGUACUAGUUGAUGUACUGUAACUUGUGUCCUUAUCCUGUUCCAAAGGUAGAAUGUGCAAUAGGGAUGGAGGGAAAAGGAUGCAGUGAUGAUCCAUUCUGGCUCUUGGUUCAGUUGACUAGUUGACUCAGUCCUGUUUGAUUCUUGUCUUUGGUAAGACUUGGCUGUUCUGAGCUCAUUUUACAUGCUUAAAAAAUUUGGGUGGCUCACUUGACUAUUCCAUCUGCUUCCCUUAAGCAAAUCUUUCAUGACCAAAAAACUCCAAAGCACUCUAAUUUUUGCCAGAAUGAAGUGUGAAUAAAGUUGUACUGUCUUAAGAUGCUGCACCAGUAAUUAUAUAUGUAUGUACUUAUCAUGGUCCAAAGCUGUAUUAUACUAGCCAGUUUCCAAACAUGUACAUGAUUAACUUUUUAUAGGACUUAUUGCCUUGGAACCUGCAUUGAUGAACAGUCAUCAAUAAUACAUUACUCACUACUAUAAGGGACAGUGGAGAUUACAUCCAAGCGCUAAGAUGCAGUAGACCAGAAGGUGUGACAAGAUAGCACCCUAUGGGAUCUGCAUGUAUCCAUAAAGAAGAAGAGAAAUUGGCCCCUACUGACUUCUGGGAUGAAGAGGAAAAAUGACCACUAAAGUACAAGUCACCCAUCUUGCUCAGGAGUCAAUAAUAGAGCUGGUCAGGAACUUUUAAACAAUUUUGUUGUUGGAAAAUCCUGAUUUGUCAAAACCAAAACUUCCCCUGGGUUUCAAUGGAUUGUUUGACACUUUUGUUCCAAUUUUUUUCCUUUUUGGAAUGAAGUAUUUGAUUUUUGAUUCACAGUGACUUCUUGUUUUGAAAUGUUAGUUUAAAAAUAUUUUUAAAAUAAAGGUCAGCAUUGUCCUCCUGGAGUCCAACAGUUCGCUUCCCCAUCACAACCUUCACACCAACCUGUUUUGAAAGGCUAAGUAAAACUCCGAGAGAACACAAUAAAUGGGGGAAGGGACUGUUG